UCCGCUGCCGCCUCCCUGCGGAGCCGCGCUCUGCUCCCCGCUGCGCCCUUCUUCCCACUCGCGGAGCUCCGUGCUGUCAGAAAUUGCCUUAAUUAACUGGAGCGGGGCUGGAAGUUGCCGUGUGCUCGUCUUACACUGCAGUUGACCUUUGAUUUACAGCUGGUUCUUGCUUAACGGAUCUUAAUGAUUCUCCGUAACAGCUGUUACCUGCCAAAUAAAAACUCUGAGGCCACCCAAUCCAUGAGCGGGCAUCGGAACCUCAAGAGGCGAUGCGGGGAGUCGCACCUGGAAUCCCCUGCAGGCUGUGCCCACGGUCCUGCUGCUGCCUGUGUGCUAAGCAAACUAGUUCAGUUGCCUACACCUCCCUUGUCAAAGCAUCAGCUGAAACGGUUAGAAGAACACAAAUAUCAGAGUGCUGGACGGUCGCUGCUUGAACCUCUAAUGCAAGGUUACUGGGAAUGGUUAGUUGGAAGAGUUCCAGCCUGGAUUGCCCCAAAUCUGAUCACCAUCAUUGGACUGUUAAUAAAUAUAUUUACAACCCUGCUAUUAGUAUACUACUGCCCAACAGCUACAGAGCAGGCACCUCCCUGGGCAUACAUUGCUUGUGCUUGUGGCCUUUUCAUCUACCAGUCUCUGGAUGCUAUAGAUGGGAAGCAAGCAAGGAGGACAAACAGCAGCACUCCUCUGGGAGAACUUUUUGAUCAUGGCUGUGAUUCACUUUCCACAGUCUUUGUGGUUUUGGGAACUUGUAUUGCUGUGCAGCUGGGGACGAACCCUGACUGGAUGUUCUUUUGUUGUUUUGCUGGAACAUUCAUGUUUUACUGCGCGCACUGGCAGACGUACGUCUCUGGGACGCUGCGCUUUGGCAUGGCUCUUUCCAGCUUGAUGAGGGAACCUAGCAGAGUGGCCAGCACACAAAAGCCUCCUUGCUGCCAGCAUCUGAGCAGAGUUAAGCACAUGCCAAGAAUUGAUGUGACUGAAGUGCAAAUCUUCAUAAUAAUCAUGCAUUUACUGGCAGUGAUUGGAGGACCACCUUUUUGGCAAUCUCUGAUCCCAAUACUGAAUAUUCAGGUGAAAAUAUUCCCAGCUCUCUGUACUGUCGCAGGAACCAUAUUUUCCUGUACAAACUACUUUGGUGUAAUCUUCACAGGUGGAGUUGGCAAAAACGGAUCCACUAUAGCAGGAACCAGUGUCCUUUCACCUUUUCUUCAUAUUGGGUCAGUAAUCGCGCUCGCUGCAAUGAUCUACAAGAAAUCUGCUGUGCAGCUGUUUGAAAAGCACCCCUGCUUGUAUAUACUUACUUUCGGUUUUGUAUCUGCUAAGAUAACAAACAAACUCGUGGUUGCACACAUGACCAAAAGUGAAAUGCACCUGCACGAUACAGCUUUCAUAGGCCCAGCUCUAUUAUUUCUGGACCAGUAUUUUAACAGCUUUAUUGAUGAGUAUAUUGUACUCUGGAUUGCCCUGAUCUUUUCUCUCUUUGAUUUGCUUCGAUACUGUGUGAGUGUAUGCAACCAGAUUGCUGCCCACCUGCACAUCCACGUGUUCCGAAUCAAGUCCUCUUCCACUCAUUCUAAUCACCAUUAAUAAACGGGGAGCCACCAUAGAGGAAAACGGGAAAAGAGUUGGUUUUCUACAUGAACGGAUGGCAAGACGUGUCGGAGACUAAGGCAAAAAGCAGAAAAGAACAAAAUAACUUAUCGUCAUCAAUGUUGUAUAACUCUUAUUCUUUGUUAUCAGUAACACUCCUUAACUAGUCUCCUGCCUGAGAGAGUGAAUUCCAAGUACACCCUUAGUCAGCUCUACAUGUAGUCAACUCUGUUGGUUCCGAGCCCAGGAAAGCAUGCAGAGAGCAAUGCUCUCUUUGUAAUUACUUUGAUUACAGAAUAAUCUAUGUAUGGUGAAUGGAUCCCCAACAACCGAAGUUUCUAAUGUAGUAUAAUUACAGCUGCAAUACGACUUGCUUUUAAUUUUAAUAUUUCAUCAUCUCUUAGUGAAAUACUUGUUUAGUGUCCACUUGAAAUUCAUUUACUAAAGACCUGAGCUGGUAACAGCAGAUAUCUCACUAACUUGUGUGGCUGAAGCAGCUGUUGAGGUUUGAGUCCAGGCUGAUGCGGUUCAUUUGCUGAAGCAUUGCUGAUAGAAGUGGUUUCUUGGCUGGAGAAUACAGAGCAGGGUUCUGCAGGAGGAAGGGAUGACCAGCAUGCAAAAUAGUGUGGUAUCUUUGUCAAUUAAUUUUAUUUUUUUAAAUAAACAUGAUCUAAAAGACAA